AUGAAAUGUUAGAUGAUUGAAAUUGAAAAUGAUGACACUUUACUUGAAAAUCAAGAUGGCUCUAUUAUACAGCGUACCAAUUGCUGCUUACAACACUAGUCGAACCAUAUUCUAAUGAUGCCCAAAUACAUAUUACUUAAAGAAAUGUUGAAAGAGAAGAUGAAGAUUCCCAGGCUGACUCUAUGGAUGAACAAAUUGGAUAGGCCAUUCCUUCUCUUGUUAAUUCAAUCCUUGAAAUGAUGCUCAAAUAGUAACUUACUAUUCUCAUUAUCGUAAUCCUCCAUGCCAUUUUAAAUACUAUGUUUACAUUCUUGGGUAUCUGUUUUAGAUAAGAUACAAUCAAUAAAUUACAAGUAUUAUUAGAAUCUUAAGAACGUGCAGAGUAAUUAUAUUGGUUUCUGACUAUUAUUGACAUUUUGAGUUGUCUUAUCUUCUAUUAUCUUGCUAUUUCAGCUUACAGAACAAAAUCAUAUUUGAUGUAUUAAUUAUUACUCAAAUGGGUAUAUUAUUGUUUCUUUAUUUAAGUUUUCUUAGCCUACAUUAACAAGUAUAUAUAUUUAUAACAUUUUAUUAUUAGAUUGAACAUAUUAUUAGUAUUUCUCAAGAUACUUACUUACAUUUACUCUAAGUUUGUAGCCUAAUUAAUUAAAGGAAUUGUGACUCUUCCAAGAUAGAGAGUUGAUUGA